UUUUGUUAAACACGUGUUUUGAACUCAUGAAAACAAUCUCGACAAUUUUUACUAGAUUUUUAAGAAUGUGCACUAAUGUUAGUUCUGUGUCUAAUGUUGAAUUAGAAAAUUUGUCUAAAGAGGAUUUAAUAUAUAGAAUACGUCAGUUAGAAACGCAAGUUACAAUACUGAAGAAUACUAUAGCUAAGCGGUCGGGAGAAAAAGAAAAAAAGCAAAAACCAUUUGAUUUUACUAGAUAUAAAAAAAGACAUGUCUUGCUUAAAUUUUUAUAUCUUGGUUGGGAUUAUAAUGGUUUUGCAGGACAAGAAGAAGGUGUAAAUACGAUUGAAAGUGAACUGUUUAAAACCUUACAAACAACAAAAUUAAUUGAAUCGAUUAAAACAGCUAAUUACAAUAGAUGUGGUAGAACUGACUCUGGUGUAUCUGCAUUUAGUCAGGUGAUCUCUGUUGACUUAAGAAGUAAUUUACUAGAAGGAGAAGGUGUAUUUACACCAAGUGAUUAUAAUCCAGUAAAUAGAGCUAAUUGUGCUAAAGAAGAACUGCCAUAUUGCAAAAUGUUAAAUAAAAAUUUACCAAAAAAUAUCAAAAUAAUAUCAUGGGCUCCUAUCAACUGUGAUAUAAAUGCAAGAUUUGAUUGCAGUUCAAGAACUUACAAAUAUUAUUUUAUUAAAGGAAAUCUUGAUAUAAAGGCUAUGGAAGAAGCAUCAAAAUAUUUUAUUGGAGAACAUGAUUUUAGAAACAUAUGCAAAAUGAAUAUAAAAAAUUUCAUUACUAAUUACAAGAGAACUAUUCUUGAUGUUAGUAUUUCUCCAAUUGGAUCAAGUUCUGAAGGAAGUUAUCAAGUUUAUGAAUUAACUGUUAAAGGAUAUGCUUUCUUGUGGCAUCAGAUUCGUUAUAUGGCAGCAGUUUUAUUUUUAGUUGGUCAAGGCAAAGAAGCACCACAGAUAGUUAAAGAACUUUUGGAUGUUGAAAAAUAUCCUAGAAAACCUCAAUAUGCCAUGGCAAUAGACAUUCCACUAGUCUUCUUUGAUUGUGAAUUUGGAGAUGUUAACUGGCAGUAUGAUAAAGAAAAUAUAGAGAAAAUAAUUUUUCGUCUACAGAAAUCUUGGACAGAGCAUACAAUUAAGAGUACUAUUGUUAAAAGAAUGAUAGAAUCAUUAGAAAGUAAAUUAAAUAUGCAUGUUGAAUUUAAUACUGGAUCUUUAAUAUCAGGAACAUCAUCAAAAACUUAUACACCAUUAUUGAAAAGAAAUUUUGAAGAAACACUUGAAGUAAAACUUGAAAAGAUGAAUAAAAAGAAGAAAAUACGUGAAGCUCUACAAGGCACAUAA